GUGGCUGCAACAAUAGAAGCUGUUUCUCUCUUUUCUUCUCUCUAUCCUUAUUCUUCGACCUUCGUUAGAUCCUCAGUUUCCAAUCGACCUUCAAUUUCAAAAAUUAUCUGCCCUGUUCAGAUCUCAUUUGUUCAGCUUGAUGAAUGCUUCAGACUCAGAGAAAGAAGACACAGAAAUUGAAGUAAUAGCAAUUACACCCAAUGAAGAAAACUCGAAAUUGAUGAAGAAAGAGAAGAAAAAGAAGAAGAAAGUUUCGUUGAAAGAUGCAGAGAAGAAGGGCGGCGUGUGUUAUAUGAGUCGAAUCCCCCCUCAUAUGGACCACGUCAAGCUUCGCCACAUUCUCUCUCAGUUCGGCGAUAUUCAAAGAAUUUUUCUCGCUCCUCAAGAUUCUUCUGUCCAAGUGCCUGCUAAGAGGUCACGUGGAUCCCGAGACCAAGCAUAUUCAGAAGGAUGGGUCGAAUUCGGUAAUAAAAGUGUUGCUAAGAGGGUUGCCAAUAUGUUAAAUGGUGAACAAAUAGGGGGUAAGAAGAGGUCAUCAUUCUACUAUGACCUUUGGAAUAUUAAGUACUUAAGUAAGUUCAAGUGGGAUGAUCUGACUGAAGAACUAGCCUUAAAGAAAGCUAUUCGGGAGCAAAAGCUGGCUGUAGAACUUUCUGCUGCCAAGAGAGAGAGGGAUUUCUAUCUUUCCAAAGUUGAUCAAUCACGUGCUUUGAGUGCUAUAGAGGAGCGACUAAAGAAGAAGCAGAAGAUCCAAAAAGACUCAGGACCAGUGGAAAAAGUGAUUCGCCAUUUCCCUCAAACAAAGCCUAUAGUUGCUGAUGCCAAAAAAAAUAAACCUGAGCUCUCUGAUGAUAUAUUGGAUGCUGUAUUUGGUGGCUCGCAAGUCAUGUAUUGAUGAUACCUUCAACAUCAGGAGCUAAAAAUUACAUUAUAUUUUUGUGUCCUUGGUUCCCGUAGGCAGGGGAAUUAGUGAAACUUUUUUGGAUGUAUUUAUUAAUUUGUAACGAUUUUCUAGAAAAUAUAUUUUUGUUGAUCAAGGUUUUCAAAAGAAAAUGUAAUCUGGGUAUACGUAAAAAACAGGCAAUGAAGUUAACCGGAGUUGAAAUUUGAGUUGGGCAGGACUUGGUUAUAAAUGUCUUUUUGCCUGCUA